CUCAGGAAGAAGGAAAUGAGGUCACAAAUAGCCCAGUCCCGCCACACCAGCGUUGCUAAGCAACGCUUCCCAUAGCAACGGAAGAGACAACAGUAGGCAGCUCUCUGGUAGAACCAUCUUCUCAGCCGAGGGCCUGCUCAGGCCAAGGAUGACCGCGCUGUGCGCCCAAGAAAGCAUAUAUAAUCUCCUACCCCGGGUGGAGGAGAAGCCUGUCAAACUACCAAGAUAUAUAUCAACAUUUAGACCAUCUGUGAAACAUGAAAUAGAAGAAAGUAGAGCUCCAUGGAAAACUAUGGGACCAGCAAAAAUUGAAGUACCAUCUCCAAAAAACUUUCUUCAGAAGCAUUCAAAGGAGCCAAAGCUACUACAGAGAAAACAAGAUGAAGGAAGAAAGAGGAUGCUGACAAUACCACCAGUGCCACAUGUGACAGAUCACCCACUUAUGGGAAUUCAGAGUAAAAAGAAUUUCAUGAAUACAAAUGCAGCAAAUGUUAUCAUGGGAGUGGCUAAGAAGCCUCAACCUAUUUGUGUUGACAGAAGACAAGGAGACAAAUAUCUCCUUGAAACUUCAGGACUUGUUCCAAAAUACAUUAAUAAAAAGGGAACUUUUCCCUUGACUUUUCAGGAUUAUGGUCUUACUCCCACAUAUGUAAUUAAGCGAAAUGAGGAGGUAAAGAAAGCCCAAGAAGAGUAUGAUGCCUAUGUCAAGGAGACUUUACGACAAAAAGCCAUGAAACGGCUCUCUGAUGAAGAAAGGGAAAGUCUCCUACAGGGUCUGAAAAAGAAUUGGGAAGAAGUACAUCAUGAGUUUCAGGGCCUUUCGGUAGAAAUAGACACCUUACCAAAGAAGAUCCAUAAACAAAGGCUGGAAACACAGAUGAAACAACUGGAGCAUGACAUUAAUACAAUUGAGAAGCACAAAAUUAUCUAUAUUGCAAAUAAGUAAGAACUGCCUUGGAAAUAUUUUUUUUUUACCCUGAGAAGAAAAUGUAGAUGCCUAGAAGAAAUGUCCAUGUUAUUCAGAGAAAAAAAAAUAGCUAAUUUAUACAAAUAGAAUUUUACAAAGUUGUUAAAUUUAAGAAUUUUUCAUCUGUAUAAUUCACAUAUUUUUUCAAAUAAAAUUCUAUAUUAGUUUAAUUAUCAA